AUGUUCUGGCCUCUUUCGGUUGCACUGCUGCCUGCCCUGGCGCGCGCCUUUCUUCACGGCCACGCACGAAACAACACCUUUGACUAUGUGAUCGUCGGGGGAGGCACUGCGGGGAUUCCAGUAGGGACACGACUGGCCCAGGCGGGAUACCAGGUGGCCAUCGUCGAGGCUGGCGGCUGGUAUGAGGACUCGGAACCCAUCAUCUCAUCCACUCCAGCCUUUGGUUUCGCGAACAAUGCUGCCAACGAUUGGGGCUUCGUGGUCGAGCCCCAGCCCGGGAUGGGAGGAAGAGUCUUUGGCUAUCCUCGUGGGAAAUGCAUGGGAGGCUCCAGUGCACGCAAUGCGAUGAUCUACCAGAGAGCCCCUGUCGGCGCAUUCCAGCGAUGGGCCGACCAGGUCGGGGACCAAAGCUACGCAUGGUCUGAAUUCGAGCGGUAUUUCAAAAAGGGCACGAACUUCACAGCCCCGGAUCCAGAUCACCGAGCCCCCAACGCGACCCCGGGAUAUCAUCCAGGCGCGUUCUCGUCCGGCAGCGGUCCGCUGACGGUGACGUACGCCAACUGGGCGUCGCCGAUCUCCAGCUGGAUCCAACGGGCCAUGAGGGCCGUUGGGAUUGACGACGCGGGCGACUUCAACAGCGGUCAAAUCCUCGGUUCGCAGUAUUUCGCGCUCACCACCAUCCCGGAGACGCAGGAGCGCGCGUCCGCCGAAAACACAUAUCUGAGGGAGUUCCAGGAUCUCCCCAACCUGACCGUCUAUACAGAGACAUUGGCGAAGCGAAUCCUCUUCGACGACAGCAAGACCGCCACGGGGGUGGUGGUGGAGAUGGCGGGCGUCGAGCACACGCUCGCCGUCGACAAGGAGGUUAUCCUGUCGGCUGGGGCCUUCCAGUCCCCUCAACUGCUAAUGGUCUCCGGUGUCGGCCCGGCGAGUACGCUGGAGUCCCUCGAUAUCCCGAUCGUCCACGAUAGUCCGUACGUGGGACAGAACCUGGUCGAUCACGUCUGGUUUGGCGCGGCGUACCGCGUCGACGUCCCGACGUGGACCAAAUGGGCCAACGAUGCGUUCGACAUGCUUCGGCUCUACGUCGAGGAGUACCGCCAGCAUCGACAGGGCCCCUUGACUGCAAACGCGGGCGACUUUGGUGCUUUCGAAAAGGUCCCCGGUCAUCUCCGUGUGGCAUUUACUCCGGAAACCCUCCAGGACCUGGCAGAGUUCCCGGACGAUUGGCCGGAAGUGGAGUACAUCGUCUCGCCAAUGUACCUGGGCAACUUCAACGACCCGAUGGGCCGCCAGCCCAAAGACGGCUACCAGUACGCCUCCAUCAACGCGGCCCUCGUCGCCCCUGUCUCGCUGGGCAACGUCACCAUCCGGUCCGCCGACACCCACGAUCCGCCGGUCAUCCACACCAACACGCUGGGCUCUCGCACCGACCAGCAAGUCGCCAUCGCGGCCUUCAAGCGUCUGCGCGAGAUCUUCGAGGCGCCGGCGCUGGCGCCCGUCCGCGUCGGCGACGAGUAUUACCCGGGCAAACAUUCGGUUCGCACCGAUGCGGAGAUCUUGCGGUUCAUCCAGCAAGACGGCCUGGCUUUCUACCACGCCGGGUCUUCGUGCGCCAUGGGGGAUCCUCAUGCGGUGAACAGCACGGCGGUGGUGGACGGCAAGGCACGGGUGAUUGGCGUCAAUCGCGUGAGGGUUGUGGAUGCUGCGGCUUUGCCGUUCCUGCCUCCCAGUCAUAUCCAAAGUGCGAUCUAUGCCCUGGCCGAAAAGAUUGCCGAGGAGAUCAUCAACGAAGAAUCGGAUGAACCUACACGGGUGGAAUUGUAA